CCGCCCGGCGUGGCGGGAGGCGGCCGCUUCGGGCAGAUUUGACUUUCCCGUAGCCUGGGAGCCCCGAAGCCCGAGCCGGAGCCAAGGAGGCGGCGUUCGCAGCCUCGUCCCCAGCCCCGCCGCCGCCGGCGCCGAGACCCAGCGAAAGGCGGCGCGGUCCCGGCGCUGCGGCUCCGCGCUGCCGGCGUCCAGCCGCCCCCGCCGCCCGCGCCCCAGCCGGCCCCUCACGCCUACUCCCCCUCCGGCACUCCUGCCCACGCCCGAAGCUGUACGUCCCCUGCCCGGGUCGCUCUCCACGACUCCGCGCGCCCCUCCUGGCGCCCGCACCCUCCGCCUCUCCCCGCCGCGCCCCAGCUCCCGGGGCACCUUGCCCCUCUCCGCUGGGCCCCCAGCCUCCUCGCCGCGUCACCCGCACCCCCUCCUCUAUCCGAGGUUCCCGCUCCCUCCGCCCCCCUUCCCUCGCUCACUUCCCACGCCCCCUCUUCGCGCUCCUCUCUCCGCCCUUUGCCGCCCAGCCCCGGCUCCGGAGUUGGGGGAGAGUCCAGGGUUUCAGUCGCUCUGGAGGAGGCGUGAAACGGGCAAGGAUUGACUAAUUUGGGGUGGGGUGGGGGGUGCGGUGGGUGAUGGAGCAGCCCGAGGACAUGGCGUCGCUGAGCGAGUUCGACUCCUUGGCGGGCAGCAUCCCGGCCACCAAGGUGGAGAUCACCGUGUCCUGCAGGAACCUUUUGGACAAAGACAUGUUUUCCAAGUCUGACCCAUUAUGUGUCAUGUAUACUCAAGGGAUGGAGAACAAGCAGUGGCGGGAGUUUGGACGCACUGAAGUCAUCGACAACACACUCAAUCCCGACUUUGUGCGCAAAUUCAUUGUGGAUUACUUUUUUGAGGAGAAGCAGAACCUCCGUUUUGACCUAUAUGACGUUGACUCGAAGAGCCCUGAUUUAUCCAAACACGAUUUCCUGGGCCAGGCCUUCUGCACCCUUGGAGAGAUUGUGGGGUCCUCCGGGAGCCGUCUGCAAAAGCCCCUCACGAUAGGAGCAUUCAGCCUGAAUUCCAGGACAGGCAAACCCAUGCCAGCUGUGUCCAAUGGAAGUGGUCUUUGGAUGGAAAGGUUGAGAACCACUGGUCUGGAAGCCUCCGGUGGUGUCCCGGGGAAGAAAUGUGGCACCAUCAUCCUGUCUGCUGAGGAGCUGAGCAACUGUAGGGAUGUCGCCACAAUGCAGUUCUGUGCCAACAAGCUAGACAAGAAAGAUUUCUUUGGGAAGUCUGACCCCUUCUUGGUGUUUUACAGAAGCAACGAGGAUGGCACGUUCACUAUCUGCCACAAGACUGAGGUCAUGAAGAACACCCUAAACCCAGUGUGGCAAACCUUCUCCAUUCCUGUGAGAGCGCUCUGCAACGGGGACUAUGACCGGACCAUCAAGGUGGAAGUGUACGACUGGGAUCGGGAUGGCAGCCACGACUUCAUUGGGGAGUUCACCACCAGCUACCGGGAGCUGGCCCGCGGGCAGAGCCAGUUCAACAUCUAUGAGGUGGUAAACCCAAAAAAGAAAAUGAAGAAAAAGAAGUACGUGAAUUCUGGCACAGUCACGCUGCUUUCCUUUGCUGUGGAGUCAGAGUGCACAUUUCUCGACUACAUAAAAGGAGGGACCCAGAUCAACUUCACGGUGGCCAUUGAUUUCACAGCCUCCAAUGGGAACCCCUCGCAGUCCACGUCCCUGCACUACAUGAGCCCCUACCAGCUGAACGCCUACGCGCUGGCGCUGACCGCCGUCGGGGAGGUCAUCCAGCACUACGACAGUGACAAGAUGUUCCCUGCCCUUGGCUUUGGGGCCAAGCUGCCCCCUGAUGGCAGGGUGUCCCACGAGUUCCCACUGAAUGGCAACCAGGAGAACCCCUCAUGCUGUGGCAUCGAUGGCAUCCUGGAGGCCUACCAUCACAGCCUGCGCACUGUGCAGCUUUAUGGUCCCACCAACUUCGCCCCGGUGGUCACCCAUGUGGCCAGGAACGCGGCCGCGGUGCAGGACGGCUCCCAGUACUCGGUGCUGCUCAUCAUCACGGACGGCGUCAUCUCCGACAUGGCGCAGACCAAGGAGGCCAUUGUCAACGCUGCCAAACUGCCCAUGUCCAUCAUCAUCAUUGGUGUCGGCCAGGCGGAGUUCGACGCCAUGGUGGAGCUGGAUGGUGAUGACGUGCGGAUCUCCUCCCGGGGGAAGCUGGCCGAGCGGGACAUUGUCCAGUUUGUGCCCUUCAGGGACUACGUGGACCGUACAGGCAACCACGUGCUGAGCAUGGCGCGCCUGGCCCGUGAUGUGCUGGCUGAGAUCCCUGACCAGCUGGUGUCCUACAUGAAGGCGCAGGGCAUCCGCCCACACCCCCCGCCAGCGGCCCCGGAGCACUCGCCCCCACAGUCCCCAGCCCGCACGCCCCCUGCCUCCCCGCUGCGUACGCACAUCUGAGCCAGGCCUUCCGCAGGCAGGCGGCUGGGGCGCGGGGAGGCUGGUAGAAGGGUAGGCAGGAUCCCCAGGCCCUGCUGCAGUCUGCCUCACCCAGCCUUUGGAACACAUGUGCCUGGGAGGCCAGCAGGGGCCAGGGCCUCUGGAGACUGCUCCCCAGUUUCCUGGCCUCACUUAAGGCCCAAACCCAGGUGGUGGAGGUGGGGUUCUGGACUUCUGCUCUCCUCUUCUUCCCCUAACAUCUGGUUCUUGCCCAGCCAGGGAGGUGUUAAUAAUCAGGGUGAUUGGGGUCCCUUUCAGCCCACCUGGGAGAUCUCUUAUGUGGCCCUGGAGCUUGGGCUGGGCCUCCCUCCCCUUGGCCUCUUCUCCUUCCCCUCCUCCUUUGGUGUCUACUUUAACACCUGGUCCCUGCCCCCCACCCUGGUAUCUAUUCUGUCCCUAGUUCCACUGAACCCUGUGAGGCUGAUAGGUUUGCAGUAAUGCCCAAACAUGUGACCCAGGGACACUCACACGCAAUGGGGGCCCUGCAGUCCCCUGAAGGGGAGGCUGUGAGGGUGCACUGUAGGCCACACGACAGGCUAGGAAUGGAGGCUUCACAGGCACCAAGACCUUUUUGUGCCUCUUGAGCCCAGCGUGGCGCAGGUUCUAGACACACAGAUCCCAGGCCUCUCCCUGGUAUGGGCCCACAGGAACCUGCACAGUUGCCUCCUGGUACCAGGCAUUCCCUCCUGCCCCAGAGCUGCUCAGGGUCCUUAGUGCCCAGUCAUCUGCUGCCUGCCUGGAGGCCGGGGCAAGGAGCAGCCCAGCUCCAGUACUCCCAUGCUGGCCCUCUGUCCCACAGGGACAGGAGAUACUCCCUAUGUCCCCUGGGCUCAAGCCCUUCCGCCAGCUCCUGCCUGCUGUGGGAACCCAGACAAGGCCCUUCUGCCUUCUGGGUCUCAGUUUCCAAACCUGAAAGGCAAGAGGGUUGACCAGAUGGUCCUGGAUUUACCUUCAGCUCUGACGUCCUGAGAGUCCAUUCAUCCCGUGCCCCACUUACCCCGUCCCACUCCUUACCAGUGCAACCACUCUCCCAGGCCCUCUUGGGUCUUAGAGUCACCCUGUUUCAUCCUAUCACUCCCAGUCCACCCUCAUCCUCCAGCCUUGGGCCCUGGCGUCUGAGCCCGAGCCCCUGCCCCUGCUGUGGGAAAGGUGAGAAAGGAGAUCUCACCCUGGGCCCACUCAGCUGCCCAGCCUUCACCCACCUGGGGAGCAGGUCCUGCAUGCCAGUCCCUCCAGCUGCAUGGGGCUUCGCAGCCCACUGAACCUCCUGUGCCCGGUGAAGACCAGGCUCCCCCCCUGUCUGCUGCCCGACAGCAUCUCCCUUCCUGUCAUGCAUGAUGGUGGUGUUUCUAUGCUGUCUGGUCCCGUGCCCGUCUCUGAGACAGUCUCUGUGUGGAAUUUGCCUUAAA